UACUGAAAAAUAAGAAUAAUAAUUAUUGGCUGAAAUGGAGGAUACUACCGCUCCUUUACACACUUGGAAUAUUGAAGACAUUUGCGAGUAUCUGGAAACCGACUUGACCACCGGCUUGAGUUCGGAAGUGGCACGUGAGCGCCUGAAGGAGAAAGGUCCAAAUUCGUUUACUAUACCAGAAGAGGGCUCGAAGCUUCUUAAGUAUUUUCGCAACUGUUUUUGGGGCUUCAAUAUAACAACUAUUAUAUCCUGUAUAAUUUCUUUCCUCAUUCAUUUUAUUGAGCGUGCAAAAACGGAGAUUUACGAUCCCACCUAUAUGGUAACUGGAAUAAUACUUUAUAUUAUUUUCCUCUUCUCUGGCGCUGUGCGAUACUUGCAAGCCAACGAUGAUUACGAAGUGGCCUACACAUUCUCAACAUUCUUGCCCGAAUACUGCACGGUCGUCAGGAAUGCGGAGAAGGUUAUCAUACACAGCUCAGAUGUGGUCGUCGGCGAUAUUUUGCUGCUCUGCUAUGGCUUACGGAUUGCAGCGGACGUUUGCAUCUUCGAGGCGGACAAUCUGGUUGUGAAUAAUGUGACAUUGAGUGGAUUUUCCGUACCCAUCGAGCUGGAUCCGAGGCUGGUUCACAGAGAUAAAUGGGUUAGCCGAAAUGUCGGCUUCGCCUGCAGUCAUGUGAUCAAGGGCCGCGGAAAGGGCAUAGUGAUAGCGUGCGGGGAUGAUACGGAGGUGGGCGUUAUGGCGAAUCUUAGCUUGAUGCCACGCCCUCGCAGCCGAGCACGGAAGCAUAUCAUUCAAGUGACGGUCUUCACACUCUUCGUGGGCAUAUUUAUUAGUUUCUGCAGUUUGUUUGCCGUCUCGUUUAUUGGCCUACCCUUGGAAUAUACGCUGCUCUUCAUUAAUGGCUUGACGAUCGCAUCCUCUCCGAUGAUGUUGCCCACACUUAUGUAUUUCUCCAUGAAACACACCAGAAAGCGUAUGCUCACCAAAAACUGCUAUGUGCGGAAUCUAGAGGCCACAUCGACCCUGGGCCUAACCUCAGUGAUUUGCAGCGACAUGGUCGGUACGAUGACCCACAAUCGCAUGCGUGUCUCUGAAAUUUACGUUAAUAACGAGCUCUUCAUGGCUGAGGACACCAAUUGGGGGGAGGUGAAGGUGAGCGAGCGAUUCAAAGAGCUGAUGCGAGUCGCGGUAUUGUGUAACGAUGCCAGCGUGAAUCCGGGAACUAACGGUAUGCCCUUCUUAAAGAAGGGUAUGAGUGGCAAUGACUAUGACAUAGCAAUUUUAAAAUUCUCCAUACACUUCAUCUUUGACAUCGACGUGCUGCGUCGCUCCCAUCAGCGGGUCUUCAACAAGCCCUACAACAGCAUGGAUCAUUUGCAUAUAACCAUACACAAGACAGUCGAUGAGGAUGACACCGAGGUGUAUGUUAUGCUCCUGAAGGGUUACUUCAUCCUUGUGUUGCAGCGCUGCAACACUAUUGCAGUCGACGACGAAGAGAUCCCUUUGGAUGAGAUGUUGCGAGAUAAUAUUGUGAGUGUGGGCCACAGGCUGCAGAAUGAUGGCAGGCGGGUGUAUGCCUUUAGCUAUAAGGAAUUAUCCGGCUUGGAGUACCGGCACUAUAGAAAACUGAUGCGCAUGCAAAACUCCGAACAUAAACCAAUCGAUUGCACCGACAUGCGAUUCGUUGGCAUUAUAGGCGCUCACGAUCCACCUCGAGCCAAUAUCGGUAAUGCGGUCGCUCAGUGUCGUUCCUCGGGCAUAAAGCUCGUCCUUAUCACCCGGACUCACGUCCAUUUCGCCAAGGCUGUGGCCAAGAAGGUGGGCGUCAUUGCCAGCGACAGCGAAACGGUCGAGGAUGUGGCCCAGCGCCUCAACAUAUUCGAAUGGCAGGUGCCCAGUGAUCUGGUCACAGCGGCGGUCAUAAAUAUGGCCGAUCUGGCCCACCUAGACAUCAAUAGUCAGCGGAUGGAGAUACGGAAUCGUUUGCUCUGCUACUCUGAUUUGGUCUUUGCUGCCACCAAUCUGAAGCAGCGCCAUAUGAUUGUCGAUGUCUGCCAGGGCAUGGGGGCUGUCGUCACAGUCAUCGGCAGUGGGGUGCACGACACGCCCGCCAUUCGGAAGGCGAAUGUGGGCGUGGCCAAGGGCUUAUCCUCGUCCCAUGCCUCAAAGGCCUGUGCCGAUGUCAUUCUAAUGGACGACAACUUUGCCACAGUGGUGAAUGCCAUCGAGGAGAGUCGUCUGCUCUUUGAAAAUCAGAAGAAGGCUCUCUGCUAUAUCCUUUCCUCGAACAUGCCCCAAAUUCUGGCCUAUUUUCUGUUCAUUUUGUUGACCAUUCCGAUACCAGUGUUCAUCUAUGUGUCCUUCAUUAUUGAUAUUUUGAUGGAUCUGGUGCCCGCAUUGUCCCUGUUCUAUGAAAAGGCCGAAACGGAUUUAAUGAAACAAGCCCCCAAGAUGAAUGAUGAUUUCCUCAUAAAUCGGCGGCUCCUUUUUGUGUCGUACUUUCAAGUGGGGGUCAUCGAGGCCUUUGCAGCAAUGACGUCAUACUUUAUUGUAAUGUCAAGCGCUGGAUUUUUUCCCGAAACCCUCGUUGGCCUGGGCAUAACGUGGCUCGAUGAGGCAAUCAACGAUAUCACAGACUCUUAUGGCCAAGAAUGGACGCGCGCGGCGCGCCUCAAUCUGGAAUAUUUGGGUGCUGCGGCCUUUCUUAUGGCCAUUGUCAUCUUACAAUCUAUUAACCUGUUUUUAGUGAGGACGGGACGAACGAAUUUGUUGUACCAUGGUUUCAACAAUCACUUAUUGAACAUCUUAGCCAUCGCUAUGAUCUGCCUCGGCUUCGUCUUGUGCCUAAUAGAUAUGCCGCAGUACUUUUGCCUACGGCUUCAUAAUUUCAAUGAUUUCGCAUUUUGCAGCUUCGAUUGCAUUUAUCAUGUCAUACCUUUCGGUAUAUUACUCGUUAUUGUUGAAAGCGUGCGGCGUUACUUCCUACGCUCCCAUCCCGGAGGUUGGCUCGAAAUGGAGACUUACUACUAAUUGCAUACAUCCAAAUAUUUUAAAGGCAUUUGAUAUUUUUGAUAGUGAAAUGAAAUAAAAAAUAGUUGGCUCCACAA